AUGGCAAGCAGCUCCCGGGAAGCGGAGACCCCGGAGGGACCCCCACGCAGCUGGGCGGCCGAGCCGCCGCGCUCUGCGAAGGCCAUCUUCCACAAGUUCACCACGACAGGAACCUUCAUGCGGCCUACCACGGCGCCCUCGAUAACUCGAUUCGAUCCCGUGCCGGGAUUGCCGAACUUGGUGCAAGGUGUGCCAGCCAGCCCGCGCGGCAAGCGGCUCGUGCCUGGGGCGCACAGGAUGCCUACGAUCCCGGUGAAGGGUGCCACGCCUAGCGGUCCUUGGGCCGAGUGCCGUGGAGCCACUCCCAACGAUCGCAUUCGGCGAGCAGCCUGGCCACGGCAGGGCACCGAGAACUCCUUGAUGUUCCGGAAUCCACUGGAAAGGAGAGCUGCGCAUGAUGGCUGGGGAGAAGAAGUAUCUCUCUGCGCCUCGCCAGCGCCGGCUAUCGACUGGCCCAGCCCAGGCAGUGACAGGCAACGAUGA